UCAAUUGUGAGGCCCGCCCCCAACUAUCAUUCACUCACAUUGUAUUGUAUACCCAAAAUGUCUACUUAUGAAGAUGACCAUAAUAUAAAUACUCAAAGAAGAUCAGUACCACGAGAUUCGGCAAGACAACAUCAAACUCUUUCAUCUGCAAUUGAUAACUUUCUUACCCAGGACACGUCCAAUAACUCGACCCAAGCUUCCUUUGAAAGGGCACUUGACUUAUUGGCAACCGAGGAAGGUUCUGAAUUAGCCCUUCAACUUUUAAAUUCCAUUAACCAAGGUGAAUUGCAAAGCAUUGGCGACGAGAAUGGCGAAAUUGGAAAAGGUCAUAAAGGUGGAGUUUCAGAUGAAUUUUUAGACUCUCUUGAAAGAGUCCCACUCAAUAAAGUGCCCAAUAAUGACACUGCCGAUUGUCCCAUUUGUACCAAUCGAUUUGUUGAUAAUGAAUAUCCAUUGAUUGUCAGAUUACCUUGCAAAGUACAACAUGCCAGUGGUAUCAAGGCCAAGGGACAUAUUUUUGAUUUGGAGUGUGUGGCACCUUGGUUGAAAAUGAAUUCUACUUGUCCAUUAUGUCGGUUUGAUGUGGUUGCAGCAGAACAGAAGAGGAAGGAAAAAUUGGAAGAAGAACUUCGAAAGGCCCGUGAAGAAGAUGAUGAAGAAGAGGAAGAAGAUUGGGAUGUCUAUGGAUGA